UCACCGCUGUCCCUUUCCUACUCGCGGUGCGGGUGCCGAGUUGAGUACUUUCGACUGAUGCUAAGAUGGCCGGCGGUUCUGUCUCUGCUGUCCCCACCAUCCCUGCCGCCAAUGAAGGGAUACUUAUCGGCGACAAGCUCUACUCCGAGGUCUAUCUCACCAUCGACAACUCCCUCAUCCCGGAGGAGAGGCUCUCCCCAACGCCGUCGAUGCUGGAUGGCCUCGACCUCCACGCCGAGACCGACCUCCGUAUCCUGGGCUGCGAGCUGAUCCAGUCGGCCGGCAUUUUGCUCCGGCUGCCACAGGUGGCCAUGGCUACGGGGCAGGUGCUUUUUCACCGGUUUUUCUACUCGAAGUCCUACGUGAAACACAGCUUUGAGAUUGUUGCCAUGGCUUGCGUAAAUCUCGCCUCAAAGAUUGAAGAAGCACCAAGGCGUAUAAGGGAUGUGAUAAAUGUGUUUCAUCACUUACGGCAGCUGAGAGGAAAAAGGACACCAACACCAUUGAUUCUUGAUCAGAACUACAUUAACACCAAAAACCAAGUAAUCAAAGCAGAGAGGAGAGUGCUGAAGGAGCUGGGGUUCUGCGUUCAUGUCAAGCAUCCGCACAAGAUAAUUGUGAUGUACCUUCAAGUUCUUGAAUGUGAGAAAAAUCAAACUCUGGUCCAAACAGCCUGGAAUUAUAUGAAUGACUCUCUGCGAACCAAUGUGUUUGUGAGAUUUCAAGCAGAAACAAUUGCUUGUGCCUGUAUCUACCUUGCUGCAAGAGCUCUUCAGAUUCCACUUCCCUGCAAGCCUCACUGGUAUCUUUUGUUUGGUGCUACUGAAGACGAGAUAAAGGAGAUCUGCAUUACAACUUUGAAACUUUACACAAGAAAGAAGCCUAAUUAUGAUUUACUUGAAAAGGAGGUGGAAAAGCGCAAAGUGGCUCUACAGGAAGCUAAGCUGAAAGCUAAAGGCCUCAACCCUGAUGGGACACCAGCUCUUUCAACCUUGGGUGGUUUUUCCCCUGGUUCAAAACCAUCUUCUCCAAGAGAACCAAAGCUGGAUGAAAAAUCUCCUAAUACUCAGACUUUAAAAGCUGUCAAAAAGGAACCAGAAGACAGACAGCAGAGCUCGAAGAGCCCUCACAACGGUCUUCGGAAGGAAAGUAAGAGAAGCCGCAACAGUCGAAGUGUAAGCAGAUCGCGGUCAAGAACAAGAUCAAGGUCUCGCUCUCGGUCACCUCGGAGACAUUACAACAAUAGACGAAGUCGGUCUGGGACAUACAGCUCGCGAUCUCGGAGCAGAUCUCACAGCCGGAGUCUGACGCCCCGCCGCCACCAGAACCACGGCUCCCCUCACCUGAAGACCAAACACCGCAACGAUGACCUCAAGAUCCCCAGCAGGCACGGCCACAAGAGGAAGAAGUCUCGGAGCCGCUCGCGCUCGCACAGUAAAUCGAGAGACCGCGCCGAUGCUGCCAAGAAGCACAAGCACGAGAGAGGUCACCACCGAGACCGUCGGGAACGGUCUCGCUCGUACGACCGUACCCACAAAAGCAAGCAUCACGGCGGCGGCCAUUCUGGACACAGCAGGCACAGGCGUUGAGCGCUGCCUGCCUUUUUUUCUUUAAUGGUUUAAUGUAAGUUAUGGACAUGAAAGUACUCAUUUACAGUGUAAAGAGAAUUGCUGUAUAAAGAAAAAUGCUUUGAUUUAUAAAAGCAACCUUUAAAAGCUGAAUUCAGGAAUUGUCAUGAUUUGCACAGCUGAAGUUGUAAACCUGGACAGUAUAAAAUUUGUUGUAUGUAUGCAAAAGUGUGUACAGAUGCAAGAAAAGGGGGUUUCUCUAGAAAUAGACCUUAUUUUUUUACAGCUGGCUGCAGACACUUUAUUUAAGACUUUUUGUUAGAACCAUGUUGAAUUUGUUACACUGGUUUUUAGUCUGCACGUGGUAAUGUCUGAUUUUUACAAAAUAAAAUGAUGAAUAUUUCAA